GACGUGAAAGCACUCGUCCCUCUCUCUCUCUCUCUCUCUCUCUCUCUACCCCCCAGAAUCCAAGACUCAACCCAAGCUUCCCUCUCUUUGUCUCUCUCUCUCGUGCAAUGUUCUUCUUGGACAUCUAUGGCUUAAUGGAUGGGAUUGAGAGAGGACCUCGACCUCUCUGAGUUUUCCAGGAGGAUUUUGGUUUCUUGAAAGAGUUUUCUGGGCCAAGAAGAUUUCAAGAAAGAAGAAGUUCUGUCGGUUCAAUUCAGGUUCUGGGUGGAGCUUUCCCCUUAACGGAGCUCAUGAAGUUUUCAUGCAAAUUCCACGUGUCCGUACCUUAGCCUUAGCAAUGAUUCCUUGGCGGGUAUGCAAUGAUGGGAAUAUGGGUUCAUGGAGAGCUAAGGCCUGACUGUUGAUUUCUUUCUGGAGGCUUGGAAUCACCGAUAUAGAUUUAGACUGGCAACAGCUUUCCUAAUAUCUAGUUAUAGUGGGGCAAAUCUCCUUUGGCAACAUAUUCAGGUUUCUGACUGAAACCAUUCAGGCUUUGAUGGACACUUCAAACUUUCAUCUGCUCAGCGUAACUUCAGCAUCGCGGAAGAACUUUGAGGAGACUUAAUUUGAUGAAAUAUCCGAGGAAGUGUUGCACAUGCCCACUUUAUCCGCAACUCCAUCCUAGCAAUCUUCCAGAGCUUCACUCAGACCUGUGCAAGUUUCUGAACCAGAAGUCAUCGCUUGUUAGACUUCUGUGACUGGUAACCUAUCUCGAAAGUUUCUGCUGCUGGAAACUUCGGCUUCAAGUCCAUUUUUCUGGGCAAAUCUCCUUUGGCAUUUCGGAGUCCUUAGUUGGCUCCGUUUAUCCCUGUAACCGGGGGCAAAUCUCCUUUGGCAUCGGUUCUCCAGAUUUAACAGUCACGUUCUCUUAGAGAUAUUGACUUGUUAUCUGAACCGAAAAGGUAUAACUAUAUUAUAUUACAAGUGUAUCGAUUGGGUUGACUCUGGGACAUACAUAGUGCAUCACAGAAAAGCAUCAGGAACUCACUCGUACGUGAAGAUUGAGCACAAGUUGUUCUAAAAUUUCUCAAGCUAGUGCAAAUUUGGAGGUAUUUGGAGAAAUGGAUUCUCUCUUCAGCGAAUCUGAUUGGGAUAGUUUUAGUGAAAGCAGUGAGGAGAUGGACUUACUGUUCGGAGGUCAGGCUGUGAACCUCUUGUCUAACCUGGAGGAGAGCAUCGGCAAAAUCGAUGACUUCCUUUCUUUUGAAAGAGGAUUUGUACAUGGUGACAUAGUGUGCUCUGUACAAGACCCAUCUGGCCAAUUGGGCAAAGUCAUAAAUGUAGAUAUGUUCGUUGACUUGGAGAGCACUCACGGGAAAGUCAUCAGAGACAUAAACUCCAAGAAACUGAUCAAAGUUCGAUCGAUAUCAGUGGGUGAUCACGUUGUUUAUGGGCACUGGCUUGGAAGAGUGGAUAAAGUAAUUGAUUCUGUCACCAUACUGUUCGAUGACGGGACAAAGUGUGAUUUCACCGGAGUCAAUCAAGAAAAACUCAUUCCUAUUUCUCCAAACAUUGUUGAUGACUCGCAAUAUUCAUAUUAUCCUGGACAGAGGGUGAAGGUUAUGGCUCCAAGUGCUUCUCAAUCUGCAAGAUGGCUAUGUGGAAGUUGGAAGGCGAACCAAGAAGAAGGAACAGUGUGCGCUGUAAAAGCUGGUUUUGUGAAUGUGGACUGGCUCGGGUCUGUUCUCAUGGAUGGUGAUUUCCGUUUGCCUCAACCCUCAAAGUUGCACGAGGCAAAAGACCUUACCCCGUUGAGCUGCUUUCCGCAUGCAAAUUGGCAGCUUGGUGAUUGGUGUAUACUUCCGGGCACAGACUAUAAGAAUCAUCUCAACGGUUCUGGAAAAUUGGACAAAGGCUUUCAGAGACGGGGCACUAGUAUAAGUUCUGCACCAGUGUUUAUUAUCGCAAGGACAAAAACAAAGGUCGAUGUUUUUUGGCAGGACGGUAGCUGUUCACUCGGAGUAGAUUCACAGUCUUUGCUUCCCAUAAAUAUUAUUGACUCUCAUGAGUUUUGGCCUGACCAGUUUGUUCAAGAAACAAACAGCUGUGAUGAUCCACAUGCUCCGAUUAGUCGGAAAUGGGGUGUUGUCCGAGGCAUGGAUGCUAAGGAAAAGACCGUAAGGAUAAUAUGGAAAAACGCUUCGAUGGAGACACCUGAUGAUAUUGGUGGAGAACAUCUUGAGGAAACCAUGAGUGCUUAUGAGCUACUCGAGCACCCAGAUUACUCCUACUGCCUUGGUGAUGUUGUGUUUAGAGUGGUUCAAAAUCAGUCAGUUGUCCAAGCUACAAAGGAUCCUGUGGAGACAGAAGCUACAAAGGCUGAGGAGGCUGUCCUCAAAAGCGAAAAGUUUGGGAGAGAUCACAAGGGCGACCCAAAUAAUUUUUACUUGUCCUGUAUUGGCAACGUUUCAGGCUUCAAAGAUGGUGCUGUCGCGGUGAAAUGGGCAAAUGGUCUAACAACAAAGGUUGCACCCUAUGAGAUUAUUCGAUGUGAUAAGUAUGAUGGCUCAACUCCAUCUCCAUUGCCAUUUGAUGGAAACAUUGAGCAAAUUAAUCAGCAGGUGGUUGAAAAUGAGAUACUACCAAUCGAGAAAGGGAAGGAUUUGCUGUUUCCUUGUACAACUGAUGAAGAAUGCCCAAAGCCCUCUUCUGGAAGCACCUCCUUUUCACUCCCACAGAAUGCUAAGCGAUUUUUAACCAGUGUUGCAGCAACCCUAUUCGGAUCCUUUGGCUCGGCGUCAGAGUCAGGCUCUGUUCAAUUUGCUCUAAUUUCUGAAGACGGAAAUGGAUGUCAAGCUUCUUUUGAAAAUGCGGUAGUAGAGAAUUGCUGUGAUACUGGUUCAGAGAUUCAAUCAUGUGCAGAGAAUGAGCUGCCAGCAUCCGAAUGGAUGAGCUUAAAAGUCGAAGUAAAGGAUGAUCAAGAAGAGAGGGGCCUUUUAAGUUUGUCCAAGAGCAAGGAUGUGGAACAAUUCAAGCAGUUCGAUAUGGUCACGGAUUGCUCCGAUCACCACUUUCUUGAUGGUGCUGACAAAGGAGUGGCUUCGUCUCAGGUUAAAAAAGGUUGGUUGAAGAAGGUUCAGCAAGAGUGGAGCAUCUUGGAGAAAAAUCUUCCUGAGACAAUCUACGUCCGCAUCUAUGAAGAAAGGAUCGAUCUCCUACGAGCAGCUAUUGUUGGUCCUCCAGGAACUCCCUAUCAUGACGGACUUUUCUUCUUCGACAUUUUCCUCCCCCCAGAAUUUCCAAACGAGCCACCGAUGGUACACUACCACUCGGGAGGGCUUCGUGUGAACCCUAACCUGUACGAAUCCGGAAAAGUCUGUCUCAGCCUUUUGAAUACUUGGACGGGCUCGGGCUCCGAAGUUUGGAACCCCGGAAGUUCCACUGUUCUUCAGGUUCUUGUGUCUCUCCAGGCCCUUGUGCUUAAUGACAAGCCCUACUUCAACGAAGCAGGGUAUGAUAAGCAGCUUGGAAAGACCGAGGGGGAACGAAACUCCGUUAGUUACAAUGAAAAUGCAUUCCUCAUGACGUGCAAGUCCAUGCUGUAUCUUCUUCGCAAGCCACCCAAGCAUUUCGAGGCACUUGUGGAAGAGCACUUCAGCAACCGCAGUGACAAUAUUCUCUACGCUUGCAAGGAAUAUAUGAAAGGCGCUCCAGUAGGAUUUGCUUUCGGAGGUGGAGAAAAAGCACAAGAAACUCAAAAGGGAAGCUCCACCGGGUUCAAGAUCAUGCUCGCCAAGCUAUUCACUAAGCUCGUCGAUGCAUUCUCGGAAAAGGGGAUUGACUGCAGCCGGUUUCUCGGUGCAUGAAUACUGAAUCUCUAUGGCAUCGUCAUCAUGAAACACAGAAUCCCUAGGGUUUAAGCACUCAUAUGUUAUAAAUAAGGUGUGGAGUUUGUACUUUGUUGGCCUAAUUGGCAAUUUGUAUAUAGGUGUUGCUGUGUGCGCGCUUGAUCAAGAAUAAAACGCCUCAAGUGAUGCAGGUGAUAGUUUGUAUUUGACCCAAAACAAAUAGUCGGUUGUGGAUGCUUGCUGUAUUCUGCUGUAUCAUUAUGUAAUGGCUUGGUGUAAAAGCUUGACAAUAACAAUUGCAUCAAGGACUGUCAUGUCCUGCCUGUUGCCUUGUGUUAUGCUACCUGUAAUAAUAUUCAUAUGGGUGCUGCAUGGUUGAAUUA